CCGGGACCUGAGCACCGAGGGUUCGAGCCCCGCCCUCGGGUCGUAGCCGGGAGGCGGCCUCAGGGAGCCAAACCCGCGCUCUGAGAGCUUCCCGUGCGCCAGGCCCAGGGUGAGGUGGUGGAUCCAGGCAGCAGGACCGACCGGACGAUGAGUGACAAGCGCGACAACGAAGCAAAGUGAAGGGCGAUCCCGGCUAGAGACGCGGGGCGGCGAUGGCGGACUUCAUGAAAGGAGAUGGAGAUGGGGGCGCGGGCCCUGGGCCAAUGGAUGGCUGCGGCCAGGACAGCAGCAGUGCCCUGGGCACCUCUGCAGCCCCAGUCCCCGACGAGAAGGAGGAGGAAGAAGGAGGAGCUGGGACAGCUGCCAAGUCAGGCCCGCAGCCAGGGCUCUACGGCUACAUCAGGGACGACCUGUUCACUUCAGAGAUCUUCAAAUUGGAGCUGCAGAACGUGCCACGCCACGCCAGCUUCAGUGAUGUCCGACGCUUUCUGGGCCGCUUUGGCCUGCAGCCCCAUAAGACCAAACUCUUCGGCCAACCUCCUUGCGCUUUUGUGACAUUCCGCUGCGCCGCUGAGCGGGACAAGGCUUUGCGUGUACUGCACGGUGCCCUCUGGAAGGGCCGCCCUCUCAGCGUGCGCCUGGCCAGGCCCAAGGCCGAUCCCAUGGCCAGGAAGAGGCAGCGUGAGGAGGAGGGUGAGCCUCCAGCCACGUGCGUGGCUGAUGUAGUGACCCCUCUUUGGACGGUGCCCUAUGAUGAGCAGCUUGACCGGAAGCGGCUGGAGUGUGAACAGGUGCUGCAGAAGCUUGCCAAGGAAAUUGGGAACACCAACCGUGCCCUGCUGCCCUGGCUGAUCUCGCAGAGGCACAAGCACAACAAAGCCUGCUGCCCCCUGGAGGGGGUCCGACCAUCACCCCAGCAGACCGAGUAUCGGAACAAGUGUGAGUUUCUGGUGGGCAUCGGAGUGGAUGGAGAGGACAACACUGUGGGCUGCCGGCUAGGAAAGUACAAGGGCGGGACCUGUGCUGUGGCGGCCCCCUUUGACACUGUGCACAUCCCCGAGGCCACCAAGCAGGUGGUGAAGGCUUUUCAAGAGUUUAUCCGGUCUACUCCGUACUCGGCAUACGACCCAGAGACAUACUCAGGCCACUGGAAGCAGCUGACCGUGCGCACCAGCCGCCGUGGCCAAGCCAUGGCCAUUGCCUACUUCCAUCCUCAGAAACUGAGCCCUGAGGAGCUGGCAGGGCUGAAGGCCUCCUUAGCGCAGCACUUCACAGUGGGACCAGGCAAGGCCAGCGGGGUGACCUGCCUCUACUUCGUGAAGGAGGGACAGCGAAAGACUCCCAGCCAAGAGGGCCUGCCCCUGGAGCACAUAGCUGGGGACCAGUACAUCCACGAAGAUCUGCUGGGGUUGACCUUCCAGAUUUCCCCUCAUGCCUUCUUCCAGGUGAACACCCCAGCUGCUGAGGUGCUCUACACAGUCAUCCAGGACUGGGCCCAGCUGGAUACAGAGAGCACAGUGCUGGACGUGUGCUGUGGCACUGGCACCAUCGGCCUGGCCCUGGCCCGGAAGGUGAAGAGAGUUGUGGGGAUUGAGCUGUGCCAGGAAGCUGUGGAGGAUGCCCGGGUGAAUGCCAACAACAAUGAGUUGAGCAAUGUCGAGUUCCACUGUGGGAGGGCCGAGGACCUGGUGCCUGCCCUGGUGAGCAAACUGGCCUCCCAGAAGCUUGUUGCCAUCCUGGACCCACCCCGUGCCGGCCUGCAUUCCAAAGUGAUCCUGGCCAUCCGCAGAGCUGAGAACCUCAAGCGGCUCCUGUACGUCUCCUGCAACCCGCGGGCGGCCAUGGGCAACUUUGUAGACCUCUGCAGAGCCCCAUCUAAUCGGGUGAAGGGCACCCCCUUCCGGCCAGUCAAAGCUGUGGCUGUGGACCUGUUCCCGCAGACCCCGCAUUGCGAGAUGCUCAUCUUGUUCGAGAGGGUGGAGCACCCCAAUGGCACAGAGACCCUGGAGCCCCAGGACCCACCAGCUCAGCACUCACCUGGGCCCCCAGAUGACACCCAGCAGGAAUCUGGGUCCUCCCCUCCUUCCUAGGCCCCAGAGCAGUGGAAACCAGCCUUUCCAGAACACGUCUAGUCGGCAUCACGGGCAGAAACCAAGUGGCUCCUCAAAUCCUUGCCUCACCCCAAAACACUGAGGCAGUACUACCAACAGGACAUAAGACCCAGCUGUCCUGCCCAGGGCCUUCCCGUUACUGUGGGUUAUAGGCUCUUGCACCCUGCACACAGGUACACACACACUCAUUCUUUUUGGACCACAAGGGCCAGAAUAAACAACUGCUAAACUACUGAUGUUUCUGUGAUGAGAAACCAAGGCCAAGUGUGUGUGUAGGGGGGAGUGGGGGUGUACAACACAAGGCAAGGGGCUGUCCUUGCCCGUCUAGCCCCCACUUUCCCUGCACCAAAGGGAGGACCCUCAAUUUUGUUCCACCCCCAACUGAACCCCGAAGAAGGAAGCUGGGCUGGGAUGCUGUUUGGCUAUUAUGGGGAGCAGCUGUGUCCAGGCAAAUGCCCUAAGCUCAGUGGGGUUUGCUCCAGAGAGGUUCUGGCAAACUGAGGGUCCACAAGACCCCCUAGUCUUCCACAGCUAGAAAAAAACACCAGUCAGAACCUUUUGGACAGGUUUGUUUUAUGUGUCCAAACAAUCAAGGCUCACUGUUACAGCCAUGGCCCAGCCACCAUCUGGGACAUACAUGAUGCACAGAGGUGGCAUCAGAUCAGCAGAGGCUCUCCUUGCCCUCUACCCCCACAGCACAGCUGUGUGCACACAACACGCACACCACACAUGGGACAGGAAGGAUAUGGUGGGGCCACAGAGGCUCACCCACUUCUAGUAACACGUGCACAAAGCUUUGGUUCAUAAUGGCGCAUCUGGCUGUUUUAAGGGCAAACCGUCAGUCAAUUAUUCAUUGCUGCAGACAGGAAGCAAGACAGAAGCAAGUGUAUAAUUACAGCAAUUUGAUUGAGGACUCUGUUUUAUAAAGGUCAACACAGAAGCUAACCUUGGUCACAUGGGUGCUGAGGGAGGGAUACACUGGGUGGCCUACAAGGCCAACAUUGUCUUCCCGGAAGCAGACACCACCAAUUGUCUUCCUGGAAACAAAACACCAUCCACAGGGGAUGUGGUGGACAGGCACACCCAAAGAACAUAACAAUGCAACCCAGCGCUGGGCUCCUGUAUCUGGCAGUGCACCAUGAACAUGUGGCACCCUGAAGAGGUGCUGGGAACAGGAAACCAAUGGCUAACCACCACUACCUUACAUGUGGGGACAACCAAGGGCCCCCGCACGCCCUGGGACUCAGAGCAGGGUCACAUCUAACCCUGCACCCGUCCACAGGGGCCACCUGGAGAGCACAGGCUGCUGGUCAGAGGAGUGAGCUGGUUACCAGACCUGGCUGCACAGGGCGGCUGCCUUUGAAAUCCAGUGAAGCCACCGUCCAUGUGCUUGCACCAAAUCUGGAGAGGAGUGCCAGUUUGUGAUCAAGAAUGGAUUGCACUACGGGUCCUUGUUCCCUCUUCUUAAAUAAACCCACGUGCUAAAAUUCA